GAUAUAAAAGGGCUGCUCUAAGCUCAGACUGUAUUCGGUUGAAAAACGUAAACCUUCAAUCAUGCCUGAUCCAGUCAAAGCACCAAAGAAGGGCUCCAAGAAAGCCGUCUCUAAGAGCGUGUCUAAGACCGGCAAGAAGAAGAGAAAGACCAGGAAGGAGAGUUACGCCAUCUACGUGUACAAGGUGCUGAAACAGGUCCACCCUGACACCGGUAUCUCCUCCAAGGCCAUGGGCAUCAUGAACUCGUUCGUCAGCGAUAUCUUUGAGCGGAUCGCCGGUGAGUCCUCUCGCCUUGCUCACUAUAACAAGCGCUCCACCAUCACCUCCAGGGAGAUCCAGACCGCCGUCCGUCUUCUGCUGCCCGGUGAGCUGGCCAAGCACGCCGUGUCUGAGGGAACCAAGGCCGUCACCAAGUACACCAGCUCCAAGUAAACUAUCAACUAUUUACUAGAAAUAUACAAAGGUCCUUUUCAGGGCCACGCACAUACAACUAAGAGCCAUAUUCCUUGAAUAACUUGUAUGGAGGCAUUUUCGCUUUAUUCUGAUAUCGAUCCGAGUAAAUGCAGGGUCAUCGCUGAUUAGUGGUGUGCGAUACUGAAUAUGUUGGUAUCGAUCCGAUACCAAGUAAAUACGGGCCAAUCGCGAUACUUUCCAAUAAAUGGAACUGGAUGUGUCAUUGAAUGCUAAAUCGUGUUUAGCAAUUGUUUUGUGACGUUUCCUCUUUUAGAAAAUAGUUUUUCUGUUGCCUCGUUUCCGGCUUGAAAAUACAGCCACACGCGAUUCUCUUCCGCUCUGCCAUUCUUCUGUUGCAUUUUCUCUGUGCGUGUGCUGAUGAACCUGAGCUGGCAACUUGAAAUAUUAAAUGGUUAAAACCCAUGACAGAAUUGGGACAAAGUUUAUCAAAUAGAAAAUGCUUUAUCAUUUUUUUCCAGAAAAACCUUAAAGUGUACACAAACCAGUUAACAAAUUAAACAAGUACCAUUGGGAACUAUAGUACAAAAACUGGUGAAAAUAUAAAUAUGUAAACAACCUAACAAUCCCCGAAGCCUUUGUGACCAAGACCAGUAAAUACAAUGAGGAACAGGUAUCAAAAGUACCAACAGAGGCCGCAAUUGACACAAGCAAAUUUUACAGGUAAGAAGAGACACAGCCGUGCAGUCAGUGAAUAAUAUUAAUUUACAAUAAUGAAAUGAAUGAAAAGAGGACCUAAAAAUAAACAGAUGGUUAUAAUUUUAUAACAAAAGUCUUAUUAUACAAUGACAACACUAAAAUGAGUACCAUGCCAACUACUAGAAUAAAAUGGCAUAAAUACUAGACAGGGUACUCACUGCGGGGAGUUUCCAUCACCAACCCCAACAACCACCAUGUGUGUACACCGUGAGUACUGCAAACCACUGCAAACUGCAACAGAAAGGGCAAAUCUACACACCAAUAAAGUGACCACUGCACUGCAAACCUACCACCAUGCAUGCAAUGUGUGUGUGUAUCCCAGGUGUACUCCCCGCAGAUCAUCCCUCUACCUAGAACAAAAGACAUAACAAAAUGUAGUAAAAA